CUCAGCCAGCAGUUGGCGGUUUGGCGCGAAACCGAAAUGAAUGCAGUAUGAUCAUGAUGUUUGCGGUACUUUGUUGCCGUUCAUGAAUUUAGUGUGUGAUAGGCCUUGUAUUUUUCUGUUCAGUGAAAACCUGUGAUUACUUCAUCGUUCAGUAUUGUGUUGUCAUCAUGUAUAUUCAAAUUAAAACAGCCGAUUGCUCCCAGAGCAAGAGAGUAGAGGUUUCUAAACUAACCUCUGUUGAAGAACUUAAAUCUCUUGUAGAAGAAGUUUUGGAGGUGAAACCAGAUAGGCAGAGACUGUUCUUCAGAGGAAAGCAGUUGGAAGAUGGAUACAAAGUCUUUGAUUAUAACAUCAACCUCAACGAUGUUGUUAUGCUUAUGGUGAAGCCGGACCCCUCACUAUUGCAGUCAACAAGCACUGCGGAAAAAAAGGAAUCAGACAAACCAUCUACAUCCAGUGAGAAGGUUGAAAGUAAAUAUUACAAAGUUGGAGACUUAGUAGAAGCUAUUGAUGACUUGUAUGGGGGAUGGUUUGAAGGAAAGAUUGUUGAUAUUGUGAAAAAUACUGAGCCACUAACUGACACUGUAUCAGAAUUGGCUGGGGAUAAAGAGGAAUCUGAAAAGUCUGAAGCAGAAAAACAGUCAGCCAAAAGCUAUGAUGAAGAUCCAUGCCUUCAAGAUGAUGGAUUGCUCUACAUGGUUCAACUUGAUUUCUGCUGUGAUGACCCUCCAAGUGGGUUCCCUCUGAGAAAUGUCCGACCUCGCAUGUGCACCACUCUGAAAGUUUCUGAUAUUAAAGUUGGUGAUAUGGUUCUUGUAAAUUAUAACAUUGAGUCCCCUGAUGAGAGAGGGUUUUGGUAUGACAUGAUUGUAACUGAAGUGUCAAAUAAACGGACAUCUCGCAAGGUUGUGGGAACCUUGUACGUUGGCAGGCAACGUACUGAAUUAAGAAAUUGUAAAGUACUGUUUACUGAUGAAAUAGUGAAAAUCAUGAAGCCUAAGCUGAUUUCUGAGCGGACUAAAGAAGAUGAUGUGUCAAUGUCUACAGACAAUGACAAUAAGCGCAAAAGUGCACCAUUUUGUGCAACUUGUCAGGACAACCCUAAGCGGAAGUGCAAGGAUUGCUCCUGUCAAGUAUGUGGUGGUAAAGACGAGCCAGAUCGUCAACUUAUGUGUGAUGAAUGUGAUAUGGCAUACCAUUUACGUUGUCUAAAUCCUCCUCUUGAAGCCAUACCCGAUAUUGAUGAAUGGUACUGCCCUGAAUGCAAAAAUGACGAAAAUGAAAUAGUGAAAGCUGGAGACAAAUUGAAAGAAAGCAAGAAAAAAAAGAGAUUGCCCAGUGCUAAAGAGGACAAAUCAAAGAGAGACUGGGGUAAGGGUAUGGCUUGUGCUGGAAGAACAAAGGAGUGCACCAUAGUACCACCGAACCACUUUGGACCUAUUCCAGGAGUUGAUGUUGGUACCUGCUGGAAAUUCCGUUUGAAUGCUUCUGAGGCAGGAGUGCAUCGACCACCAGUGUCUGGUAUUCAUGGAAGAGAUAGCGAAGGUGCUUACAGCAUAGUUUUAAGUGGAGGAUAUGAAGAUGAUGUGGAUAAUGGAGAGGAAUUCUAUUACACUGGGUCUGGAGGUAGAGACUUGUCUGGAAAUAAGCGCACCUCAGAGCAAUCCUGUGAUCAAACUCUUACUCGUAUGAACCUGGCCUUGGCAUUGAAUUGCAAUGCUCCAGUAAACAAAGAAAAAGGUGCAGAAGCCAAGGACUGGAAAGGCGGGAAACCUGUUAGAGUUCUUAGAAAUUAUAAGUUAGCUAAGCAUUCCAAGUACGCUCCUGAUGAAGGCAAUAGGUAUGAUGGCAUUUACAAGGUAUUGAAGUAUUACCCUGAAAAGGGUGAGUCAGGGUUCAUUGUUUGGCGCUACCUUUUGCGGAGGGAUGAUCCUACACCUGCUCCCUGGACAAAGGAGGGCAAGAAACGAAUUGCUAGCCUUGGACUUACCAUGAUAUACCCUGAUGGAUAUGAAGAAAUGAUGGCUGCGAAAGAAGCUAAAGCUGCUGCUUCAACAGAGGAAGGAACUAAAUCCAAGAAAAGGCAAAGGAAAAGUGUUUUGGGAGAGUCAUCUUCUGAUAGCCCCAACACAAAGAAAGCUAAGGUGGCCGCUUAUGAAUUGGAAAAAGAGACUGCCCAGAAAAUUGAUGAAGAUACUGUUAACCAGAAACUAUGGGACACCUGUAAAGCUGCCCUGAAGGAAGGAAAAAUGAAAUUCUUGGCAGAAAUUCAGCAGCAUUUCAUGUGCAUAUGCUGCCAAGAACUAGUUUAUGAUCCAGUGACUACAGAUUGCCAUCACAACUUGUGCAAGGCAUGCUUGAAAAGGUCAUUUUCUGCUCAAGUCUAUAACUGCCCAAGCUGCCGGCAUGAACUGGGCAAAGAAUUUCCGCUGGCUGUGAAUGAAAAGCUUGCUUCUACCCUGCUGCACCUUUUCCCGGGUUAUGAAGUUGGCCGGUAGUUUUAUGAUAUUUAAUUAUGUAUUUCUCUUCUAUUUUGCUCUUAUUUUUGGUAUUAAUGUGUCUCCGUCACCAUGAAUGAAAGACAACAUUUUAUUUAAUGAUGUACCCUUAUUAUUUGUAUUACUGUGUCUCUGUCAUAAUGAAUGAAAGACAAUAUUUUUACAUUCCUUUUGUAAUGAAAUUAGGUUUUGACUUUGGAGACUUUAUAUUUCUUUUUACUUAUCUUUUUAUAAGCUGCUUAUGCCAAUGGAAUGCAUCAGCCAACCCCCUGUAAUUGCGUACCAUUAUUUGCUUAUGAUUUCCAUCCCUUUCAUCUUGUGUGAGCAUAUCUCUUGUGCAAUAAAUUGGUAUUACUGAACAAUCAA